AUGGGAUCGAUCGUGAAGCUGGUUUUAGGAGAUAACUUUACGAAAAUUGAAUCAAACAUCGCAGGUGUGUUCUUCUUCUUGAAAACUUUCAAGAGAUACUUUCCUCAACAGCUCAAGAUCACGAUCCAGCAGCUGUUCUUCAAUGCAAUCCAACAGUUACCCUUUUUCAAGAAAUAUUCAGACAAGAUCCUUGGCUUGUUCUCUCCUUACACUCAGAUCAGGUUCAGAGAAAUCGAAGAGUAUAGAUACAACUAUGCAUACGCAGCCAUCAAGACCUACCUUGGUGCAAAAGUUAACUCUGAAGUGAAGAAUCUCAAGGGGAGCCAAUUGAAGCAGAACAAGUCUCUGGAUUUGAAACGUGAGGAGGAGUAUGAAGGUGUGAAGAUGUGGUGGGAGUUGCUAAAUUGCGCCAAAGGGAAGAAGAUGUGUAGGCUUACUUUCCAUAGAAGUGAUUGGGAGGUUGUGACUGGGUCCUAUUUGAGCUAUGUUGUGGAAGAAGGGAAACCGGUCGAGGCAAGGAAGAAGAAGGUUAAGCUGUUUAUAAAUAAUCCAAGUUGGAAUUGGAAGUCUAAGACGAAAAAUUUAUGGAGUAGCAUCGACUUUGAGCAUCCCGCAACGUUUGAGACUGUGGCGAUGGAUCGUGAGAAGAAAGAUGAGAUUGUGUAUGAUCUUUUGGCGUUUAGAGAUGGGAAAGAAUAUUAUGACAAAAUUGGGAAAGCUUGGAAGAGGGGCUACUUGUUGUACGGACCUCCCGGGACAGGUAAGUCAACUAUGAUCGCGGCUAUGGCGAAUCUUAUGAAUUAUAGUAUCUAUGAUCUUGAGCUAACUUCAAUAGAGAACAAUUGGGAGUUGAAGAAGCUGUUGAUAGCGACGACGAGUAAGUCGAUCAUUGUGAUUGAGGAUAUAGAUUGUUCCUUGGACCUCACGGGUGAGAGGAAAGGUAAAGAGGAAAGCAAGAAAAGCGAUAGAGAAGGGAAGAAGAGUGCGGUGACACUCUCUGGCUUAUUGAACUUUAUAGAUGGGAUUUGGUCGGCUUGUGGACAAGAGAGGAUCCUUGUGUUUACGACAAAUCACUUGGGAAAACUUGACCAAGCUCUGAUCAGAAGAGGUCGGAUGGAUAUGCCUAUAGAACUGUCUUAUUGCACAUUCGAUGCGUUCAAGAUUCUUGCUAAGAACUAUCUGAAUCUUGAUUCGCAUCUCUUGUUUCGAAAGAUCGCGUCUUUGCUGGAAGAGACGAAGGUAACACCGGCUGAUGUUGCGGAGAAUUUGAUGGUGAAAGAUCGUCAAACCGAAGUUGAUGGAUCACUCAAGGGAUUGAUUCGAACAUUGGAGAAGAUGAAAUGGAGCCAAAAGACUAAGGCCGAUGAACAACAGAAGGAGGACUAA